ACGACAGCAGAGGAAUACUGUGUAUUGACUGCUAUGUACAGAUGAGGUUUCCCUCUGACAUCUACACGCCAUAUAGUCAUGGCUAGAGGUAAGUGAAAUGUAUGCCGCUUUUGUAACGCCCAAACGUCGUGCUUUCUGCUUCGGCCGCGACAGGGUGAAAAAAAGUCAAGUCGGCAUCGCCAGCAUGGAGAACCAAGAGCUGAAGCGCCAUCCAGAAAAGAAGAAAAAACGCCCUCAAUGCCAAACACCCCUUCCCCCUUUGAAGAAAUCGCAAGGACAAUUUGGAUACGGACUGCCGCACACUCCUCAAUUUCUUGGAAACACAACCAUCUUUGUCUUGCGUUGUGUUCUUGUGUCAGAAGGUCAUUGGUACAGGUGCAGUGAGAAGUGAGAUAACUUUGGAAAUGUCGAGGGCGAGAGCUCGUCGCGCCAAACUAUCUACCAAGUUUCAAGGUGGUCACCAUAUCGAGCGGACUUGUAGCCUCAUCAUAAUGCCUUCCUGCUUAGCGUGGCCGGUUCGGUCGGGAUGUGAUGGUAAGCUGGUGACUGUGAUGGGUUAGACUGAUGUGGAGCAUUCAGCUCAUACAGGCUACAUUGCAGAGCCCGUGAGCAAUGAUCGUGUCGUCGGGUCCAUGUCGCCAAUGGACAUCUCAAUGCCUCUAGACUCCAUUGCAUCGAUUCGUGCCUCCACCUGCUGCAUCCUGCUGUCCAGCAUCCCCGGGCCGCCCAUCAUGGGGACGCGGUUGUUGACCAUGUGAUUCUGGUGUGUCUGCUGCUGCUGC